GGGAAAAAAAAGGUUCACAAGACAAGGAAUGCUCAUCAGGUCACCACUUUUCCCCAUAAAUCUAAGCUUCACUGGAUUUAUAUAGGCCUUGAAACAGGGGCCCCCUCUUCACCCUCUCUUCUUGUUCUCCAAUCUUCCCAACCCUUCUUCCCUUCCAAACCCCACUUGAGUGGGUGAUUGCUACUCCCUUCUCUCCCACUGCUGUCACUGCUGAGAUUAUACAUUGCAAUCUCGUGGGGUUUUCAGGUUGAUCAAACCCAUCUCUUCCAGGGGAACAAAACAAAAGGUUAAACAAAAGAUCCCUUUUUUUCUUCAUCUUUCCAUCUCAGCAUUCGCAUUGUUGGCUUCAAUCAGAGGUUCAGAAUGAGGAAGCAUGGGUGGCAGCUUCCAUAUCAUCCUCUUCAGGUAGUAGCUAUAGCUGUUUUUCUGGCACUGGGGUUUGCUUUCUACGUGUUCUUUGCUCCCUUUGUUGGCAAGAAGAUCUUUGAAUAUGUGGUGAUGGGGAUCUACACUCCCCUGGUUACAUGCGUCUUCUUUUUAUAUGUUUGGUGUGCUGCUACGAAUCCUGCAGAUCCAGGGCUUUUCAAGUCUAAGAAAUGUCUUCAACUAGAGGGCAAUGCAAAACAGACUCAACCCAAGGAAUUCAGAGGAGGCGGCCCAGAAAAUGAAGCAAAUGCUGCAACAACUGGUGAUAAACGUGCCGAUGAAACUAUCAACAAAGAGGCCAUCGAUGGAAAAUCAAGUGACAGACUUCAGAAAGAAAGCUUAUCUUGUUGCAAUCCAUUCUUGGCAGUAUUCCUGAGCUGGUGCCCUUUGUUGUGUGAUCAGUCCCAUUCACGCGAACAGUCAUCUGAACAGCAAAUGAGUGAGGAGGGCAUGUUCUACUGCAGUUUAUGUAAAGUUGAGGUGUUAAAGUAUAGUAAGCACUGUAGAGUUUGUGACAAAUGUGUAGAUGGCUUUGAUCAUCACUGCAGGUGGCUCAACAACUGCAUAGGAAGAAGAAACUAUAGAAGAUUCUUCAUCCUUAUGGUUUCUGCACUCCUCCUGCUUAUUCUACAGUGGUCGAUAGGAAUCCUUGUGUUGAUACUCUGUUUCCUCGAGCGGAAGCGAUUCUCUGUGGAGAUCAUCUCAAAGCUAGGAAGCAGCUUCUCUUUGGUGCCCUUUGUUGUUGUUGUGGCUUCUUGCACCUUCCUAGCAAUGAUUGCUACUUUACCACUUGCUCAACUUUUUUUCUUCCACAUUCUUCUAAUAAAAAAGGGAAUCAGCACAUAUGACUAUAUCAUAGCAUUAAGGGAGCAGGAACAGCAGGAGCAGCAGGGAGUUGGUGGUCAGCAAAGUCCACAAAUGUCUUCAGUGAGCUCUCUUACUGGACUGAGCAGUGCUAGUUCCUUUAGUGCAUUUCAUCGCGGUGCAUGGUGUACUCCACCACGAUUAUUCCUUGAGGAUCAGUUUGAUGUUGUUCCUCCUGAAAUUGGCACAUCUGUGAAUCCCAUGGGCAAGAAGAUGAUGGUGGAGGAAUCAACAAGAAAAAAAAGUGCAGGAACUGUCAAAAUUAGUCCUUGGACCCUGGCACGUCUUAAUGCAGAUGAAGUGUCAAAAGCAGCUGCAGAAGCGAGGAAAAGGUCCAAGGUCCUGCAGCCAAUUGCGAGACGAGAUUUGCCACUGGAACAAGAGAGAGAUAAUAGCUUUGGAAGUGGCAGUGGCAGGAUAGUUCCAAGGCCUGAUAAUAGGAGGCGACAGAACAAAAGAGGCAGGUUCCCAGUCGACCUUCCUCUUGAGCCCCUUGCAAAAAUAUCAGCCAGCACCACUGACAGUAAUGGCACUGACCUGGCUCCAGAUACAUCCUCCAGUUUAGCACCUCUGCAGCUUGAAGCAAGGAGUGCUUUUCGGCCUAGCCGACCUGCGCCUUCUACAAAAAUCAUUGCUUCUUCUCCUGACAGCAGUUUAGACUCACCAGAUCUGCAUCCAUUUCGCAUUUCCUCAUCUGGAGCCGAAGAAGUACAGGGGCUCACAACUAAUCCUGCCUCAGGCACUGUUUCACAGAAAGGGAUUCAGCUCUCAAGAUCGACCAGUGAUGGAUAUGAAGCAUCAGGGGGUGAAGACAGUGAUCGGAUUCCAUCAAGAAUUGUGCACAGAUCAUCUAACUGGUCUAACCUGGUGCUGAACCCAGGCCGUGGCGAGAUGGCAGCUGAUUUCAAGACAGCCUCUGCAAGCUUGCAAUCUUAUGUUAGACCACUUUAAUCAAAACUGAUGUCUGAACUUCACAUGUUUUGAUCCACCUCACCAAGGAGUAGAGAUUGAAACCGGUCACUGAGACUGGCUGACCAUUUUAGUCAAAAAAUGGUUGCUGAGAGGAUCUCCUUUGGUUCUCAAGAUUGUAAUGGAUGCAUCUUGCAUGAAACUUGAUCAUGUCUCCCAAAAAAAUAUCUGGAAAAAGGAAUUUGUUAUAUUGUUUAAACUGCA